AAUCGCGGGCAAUAAUUUCGCUCCGUUAACUGUUCCUGACCACACACGUAUAUUGAUUAUUGAGGGCACGACAGCAGGUAGAGACAGAGAGAAGGAGACUCGGCAGAGAUCAAUGGAGUGUGGUCGUGGCCCGCCGUGGACCAGGCUGCCGGCGCUGAUACUUCUGCUGCUGGCCUGCGCCGUCGCCGGCCGCGAGUGCAGGGUGGUGCACGUCGCAGAGGCGCACCGGAGGAGCAUGCUGGCCAACGGCCUCGGCUCGACUCCACCCAUGGGGUGGAACAGCUGGAACCAUUUCGCGUGCGACGGCAACGGCGAGGUUGUCAUCAGGGAGACCGCCGACGCGCUUGUCUCCACCGGGCUCGCAGCUGCCGGCUACAGAUACGUCAAUCUUGAUGAUUGCUGGGCAGAACCCGAACGCGAUGCAAAGGGCUAUCUUGUGGCGAACAAGAAGACGUUCCCGCAUGGGAUCAAAGCGCUUGCAGACUACGUCCACAGCAAGGGGCUCAAGCUUGGGAUCUACUCUGAUGCAGGAUACAAGACGUGCGCGAAGGCUCAGCCUGGAUCCCUCGGCUACGAGGAGAAGGACGCCAAAACAUUCGCCUCCUGGGGCGUGGACUACCUCAAGUACGACAACUGCAACAACGGCGACCUGAAGCCGCUGCAGAGGUACCCUGACAUGAGCAAGGCUCUGAUGAAGACCGGCCGCCCCAUCUACUUCUCGCUCUGUGAAUGGGGCGACAUGCACCCGGCGAAGUGGGGCGCUGCGUACGGCAACAGCUGGAGAACCACCGACGACAUCCAGGACACCUGGGAGAGCAUGACCUCGAGGGCCGACCAGAACGAGGUGUGGGCGGAGUACGCGCGCCCCGGCGGCUGGAACGAUCCGGACAUGCUGGAGGUGGGCAACGGGGGGAUGACCAACGACGAGUACAUCGUGCACUUCAGCAUCUGGGCCAUCUCAAAGGCGCCUCUGAUCAUCGGCUGCGAUGUGAGGCACAUGUCGCAGAACACCUACGACAUAAUCGCCAACAAGGAGGUGAUCGCCGUCAACCAAGACCGUCUUGGCAUCCAGGGGAAGAAAGUAAGGAUGCAGGGGAGCCAAGAGCUCUGGGCUGCGCCGCUGACGGGGUACAGGAUGGCGGUGCUGCUGGUGAACCGUCACGCCAAGGACGACGCCGAGAUCACCGUGCACUGGGACGACAUCGGUCUCCCCGCCGGCACGACCGUCGAGGCCAGGGACCUCUGGCUGCACAAGACUCUGGACGCCAAGUUCACGGACAAGAUGGCCUUCAACCUGACGUCGCACACGGCCAGGAUGUUCGUGCUCACGCCUCUCAAGUCUCAGAUGAACUAACUGAGCAAUCACGUGGCACUGUAACGAUUAUUUGCCCGUAUAGAAAUUGAUUUGUAGCUACAUAUAGAGGAAGGUUUUCUGUACUUCUAAUUUUGGAACAAGUAUGAUUUUUAUUGAAAACAAGAAGUGGUUAUUUCUUGCGUA